AUGAGAGUUGACGCUUUCCAUUACCCCGCCCCAUUCUCCCGCUUUCCAUCACCCCGCCCCAUUCUCCCGCUUUCCAUCACCCCGCCCCAUUCUCCCACUUUCCAUCACCCCGCCCCAUUCUCCCGCUUUCCAUCACCCCGCCCCAUUCUUCCUCUUUCCAUCACCCCGCCCCUUUCUCCCGCUUUCCAUCACCCCGCCCCAUUCUCCCGCUUUCCAUCACCCCGCCCCAUUCUCCCGCUUUCCAUCACCCCCCCCAUUCUCCCGCUUUCCAUCACCCCGCCCCAUUCUUCGCUUUCCAUCACCCCGCCCCAUUCUCCCACUUUCAAUCACCCCGCCCCUUUCUUCCUCUUUCCAUCACCCUGCCCCAUUCUCCCUCUUUCCAUCACCCCUCCCCAUUCUCCCGCUUUCCAUCACCCCGCCCCAUUCUCCCGCUUUCCAUCACCCCGCCCCAUUCUCCCGCUUUCCAUCACCCCACCCCAUUCUCCCGCUUUCCAUCACCCCGCCCCAAUCUCCGUUUUCCAUCAUCCCGCCCCAUUCUCCCGCGUUCCAUCACCCCGCCCCAUUCUCUCGCUUUCCAUCACCUCGCCCCAUGCUCCCGCUUUCCAUCACCCCGCCCCAUUCUCCCGCUUUCCACCACCCUGCCCCAUUCUCCCGCUUUCCAUCACCCUGCCCCAUUCUCCCGCUUUCCAUCACCCCGCCCCAUUCUCCCGCUUUCCAUCACCCCGCCCCAUUCUCCCGCUUUCCAUCACCCCGCCCCAUUCUCCCGCUUUCCAUCACCCCGCCCCAUUCUCCCGCUUUCCAUCACCCCGCCCCAUUCUCCCUCUUUCCAUCACCCCGCCCCAUUCUUCCUCUUUCCUUCACCCCGCCCCAUUCUCCCGCUUUCCAUCACCCCGCCCCAUUCCCCCUCUUUCCAUAACCCCGCCCCAUUCACCCGCUUUCCAUCACCCCGCCCCAUUCUCCCGCUUUCCAUCACCCCGCCCCAUUCUACCGCUUUCCAUCAUCCCGCUCCAUUGUCCCGCUUUCCAUCACCCCGCCCCAUUCUCCCGCUUUCCAUCACCCCUCCCCAUUCUCCCUUUUUCCAUAACCCCGCCCCAUUCUCCCGCUUUCCAUCAACCCGCCCCAUUCUCCCGCUUUCCAUCACCCCGCCCCAUUCUCCCUCUUUCCAUCACCCCGCCCCAUUCUCCCUCUUUCCUUCACCCCGCCCCAUUCUCCCGCUUUCCAUCACCCCGCCCCAUUCCCCCUCUUUCCAUAACCCCGCCCCAUUCACCCGCUUUCCAUCACCCCGCCCCAUUCUCCCUCUUUCCAUCGCCCCGCCCCGUUCUCCCGCUUUCCAUCACCCCGCCCCAUUCUCCCGCUUUCCAUCACCCCGCCCCAUUCUCCUGCUUUCCAUCACCCCGCCCCAUUCUCCCUCUUUCCAUCACCCCACCCCAUUCUCCCGCUUUCCAUCACCCCGCCCCAUCCUCCCGCUUUCCAUCACCCUGCCCCAUUCUCCCGCUUUCCAUCAACCCGUCCCAUUAUCCCUCUUUCCAUCACCCCGCCCCAUUCUCCCGCUUUCCAUCACCCCGCCCCAUUCUUACUCUUUCCAUCUCCCCGCCCCAUUCUCCCUCUUUCCAUCACCCCGCCCCAUUCUCCCUCUUUCCAUCACCCCGCCCAAUCUCCCUCUUUCCAUCACCCCGCCCCGUUCUCCCUCUUUCCAUCACCCCGCCCCAUUCUCCCUCUUUCCAUCACCCCGCCCCAUUCUCCCGAUUUCCGUCACCCCGCCCCAUUCUCCCUCUUUCCAUCACCCCGCCCCAUUCUCCCUCUUUCCAUCACCCCGCCCCAUUCUCCCUCUUUCCAUCACCCCGCCCCAUUCUCCCGCUUUCCAUCACCCCGCUCCAUUCUCCCGCUUUCCAUCACCCCGCCCCAUUCUCCCGCUUUCCAUCACCCCGUCCCAUUCUCCCUCUUUCCAUCACCCCGCCCCAUUCUCCCGCUUUCCAUCACCCCGCCCCAUUCUUCCUCUUUCCAUCUCCCCGCCCCAUUCUCCCUCUUUCCAUCACCCCGCCCCGUUCUCCCUCUUUCCAUCACCCCGCCCCAUUCUCCCUCUUUCCAUCACCCCGCCCCAUUCUCUCGAUUUCCGUCACCCCGCCCCAUUCUUCCUCUUUCCAUCACCCCGCCCCAUUCUUCCUCUUUCCAUCUCCCCGCCCCAUUCUCCCUCUUUCCAUCACCCCGCCCCAUUCUCCCUCUUUCCAUCACCCCGCCCCAUUCUCCCUCUUUCCAUCACCCCGCCCCAUUCUCCCGAUUUCCGUCACCCCGCCCCAUUCUCCCGCUUUCCAUCACCCCGCCCCAUUCUCCCGCUUUCCAUCACCCCGCCCCAUUCUCCCGCUUUCGAUCGCCCCGCCCCAUUCUCCCUCCUUCCAUCACCCCGCCCCAUUCUCCCUCUUUCCAUCACCCCGCCCCAUUCUCCCUCCUUCCAUCACCCCGCCCCAUUCUCCCGCUUUCCAUCACCCCGCCCCAUUCUCCUGCUUUCCAUCACCCCGCCCCAAUCUCCCGCUUUCCAUCACCCCGCCCCAUUCUCCCGCUUUCCAUCACCCCGCCCCACUUUCCAUCACCCCGCCCCAUUCUCCUGCUUUCCAUCACCCCGCCCCAUUCUCCCUCUUUCCAUCACCCCGCCCCAUUCUCCCUCUUUCCAUCACCCCGCCCCAUUCUUCCGAUUUCCGUCACCCCGCCCCAUUCUUCCUCUUUCCAUCACCCCGCCCCAUUCUUCCUCUUUCCAUCUCCCCGCCCCAUUCUCCCUCUUUCCAUCACCCCGCCCCAUUUUCCCUCUUUCCAUCACCCCCCCCCCAUUCUCCCUCUUUCCAUCACCCCGCCCCAUUCUCCCGAUUUCCGUCACCCCGCCCCAUUCUCCCUCUUUCCAUAACCCCGCCCCAUUCUCCCGAUUUCCAUCACCCCGCCCCAUUCUCACGCUUUCCAUCACCCCGCCCCAUUCUCUCGCUUUCCAUCACCCCGCCUUAUUCUCCCGCUUUCCAUCACCCCGCCCCAUUCUCCCGUUUUCCAUCAUCCCGCCCCAUUCUCCCGCUUUCCAUCACCUCGCCCCAUUCUCCCGCUUUCCAUCACCCCGCCCCAUUCUCCCGCUUUCCAACACCUCGCCCCAUUCUCCCGCUUUCCAUCACCCCGCCCCAUUCUCACUCUUUCCAUCACCCCGCCCCAUUCUCCCUCUUUCCAUCACCCCGCCCCAUUCUCCCGCUUUCCAUCACCCCGCCCCAUUCUCCCUCUUUCCAUAACCUCGCCCCAUUCUCCCGCUUUCCGUCACCCCGCCCCAUUCUCCCUCUUUCCAUCACCCCGCCCCAUUCUCCCUCUUUCCAUCACCCCGCCCCAUUCUCCCGCUUUCCAUCACCCCGCCCCAUUCUCCCUCUUUCCAUAACCCCGCCCCAUUCUCCUGCUUUCCAUCACCCCGCCCCAUUCUCCCUCUUUCCAUCACCCCGCCCCGUUCUCCCGCUUUCCAUCACCCCGCCCCAUUCUCCCGCUUUCCAUCACCCCGCCACAUUCUCCUGCUUUCCAUCACCCCGCCCCUUUCUCCCUCUUUCCAUCACCCCGCCCCAUUCUCCCGCUUUCCAUCACCCCGCCCCAUUCUACCGCUUUCCAUCAUCCCGCUCCAUUAACCCCGCCCCAUUCUCCCGCUUUCCAUCACCCCGCCCCAUUCUCCCGCUUUCCAUCACCCCGCCCCAUUCUCCCUCUUUCCAUCACCCCGCCCCGUUCUCCCGCUUUCCAUCACCCCGCCCCAUUCUCCCGCUUUCCAUCACCCGCCCCAUUCUCCCUCUUUCCAUCACCCCGCCCCGUUCUCCUGCUUUCCAUCACCCCGCCCCAUUCUCCCGCUUUCCAUCACCCCGCCCCAUUCUCCCGCUUUCCAUCACCCCGCCCCAUUCUCCCUCUUUCCAUCACCCCGCCCCAUUCUCCCGCUUUCCAUCACCCGCCCCAUUCUCCCGCUUUCCAUCACCCCGCCCCAUUCUCCCGCUUUCCAUCACCCCGUCCCAUUCUCCCUCUUUCCAUCACCCUGCCCCAUUCACCCGCUUCCCAUCACCCCGCCCCAUUCUUCCUCUUUCCAUCUCCCCGCCCCAUUCUCCCUCUUUCCAUCACCCCGCCCCAUUCUCCCUCUUUCUGUCACCCCGCCCCAUUCUCCCUCUUUCCAUCACCCCGCCCCAUUCUCCCGAUUUCCGUCACCCCGCCCCAUUCUCCCUCUUUCCAUCACCCCGCCCCAUUCUCCCGAUUUCCGUCACCCCGCCCCAUUCUCCCUCUUUCCAUCACCCCGCCCCAUUCUUCCUCUUUCCAUCUCCCCGCCCCAUUCUCCCUCUUUCCAUCACCCCGCCCCAUUCUCCCUCUUUCCAUCAUCCCGCCCCAUUCUCCCUCUUUCCAUCACCCCGCCCCAUUCUCCCGAUUUCCGUCACCUCGCCCCAUUAUCCCUCUUUCCAUCACCCCGCCCCAUUCUCCCGAUUUCCGUCAUCCUGCCCCAUUCUCCCUCUUUCCAUCACCCCGCCCCAUUCUCCCUCUUUCCAUCACCCCGACCCAUUCUCCCGCUUUCCAUCACCCCGCCCCAUUCUCCCUCUUUCCGUCACCUCGCCCCAUUCUCCCGCUUUCCAUCACCCCGCCCCAUUCUCCCUCUUUCCAUCACCCCGCCCUGUUCUCCCGCUUUCCAUCACCCCGCCCCAUUCUCCCGCUUUCCAUCACCCCGCCCCAUUCUCCCGCUUUCCAUCACCCCGCCCCAUUCUCCCGCUUUCCAUCACCUCGCCCCAUUCUCCCUCUUUCCAUCACCCCGCCCCGUUCUCCCGCUUUCCAUCACCCCGCCCCAUUCUCCCGCUUUCCAUCACCCCGCCCCAUUCUCCCGCUUUACAUCACCCCGCCCCAUUCUUCCUCUUUCCAUCACCCCGCCCCAUUCUCCCGCUUUCCAUCAGCCCGCCCCAUUCUCCCGCUUUCCAUCACCACGCCCAAUUCACCCUCUUUCUAUCACCCCUCCCCAUUCUCCCUCUUUCCAUCACCCGCCCCACUCUCCCGCUUUCCAUCACCCCGCCCCAUUCUCCCUCUUUCCAUCACCCCGCCCCAUUCUCCCUCUUUCCAUUACCCCGCCCCAUUCUUCUGCUUUCCAUCACCCCGCCCCAUUCUCCCUCUUUCCAUCACCCCUCCCCAUUCUCCCGCUUUCUAUCACCCCACCCCAUUCUCCCGCUUUCCAUCACCCUGCUCCAUUCUCCCGCUUUCCAUCACCCCGCCCAAUUCUCCCGCUUUCCAUCACCCCUCUCCAUUCUCCCUCUUUCCAUCUCCCCGCCCCAUUCUCCCUCUUUCCAUCACGCCGUCCCACUCUCCCUCUUUCCGUCACCCCGCCCCAUUCUCCCUGUUUCCAUCACCUCGCCCCAUUCUCCCUCUUUCCAUCUCCCCGCCCCAUUCUCACGCUUUCCAUCACCCCGCCCCAUUCUCCUUCUUUCCAUCACCCCGCCCCAUUCUCCAGCUUUUUAUCACCCCGCUCCAUUUUCCCGAUUUCCAUCACCUCGCCCCAUUCUCCCACUUUCCAUCACCCCGCCCCAUUCUCCCGCUUUCCAUCACCCCACCCCGUUCUCCCGCUUUCCAUCACACCGCCCCAUUCUCCCUCUUUCCAUCACCCCGCCCCAUUCUCCCGCUUUCCAUCACCCCGCCCCAUUCUCCCGCUUUCCAUCACCCUGUCCCGUUCUCCCGCUUUCCAUCACCCCGCCCCAUUCUCCCUCUUUCCAUCACCCCGGCCCAUUCUCCCGCUUACCAUCACCCCGCUCCAUUCUCCCGCUUUCCAUCACCCCGCCCGCUCCAUUCUCCCGCUUUCCAUCACCCCGCCCACUUCUCCUCUUUCCACCACCCCUCCCCAUUCUCCCUUUUUUUCCAUCACCCCGCACCAUUCUCCUGCUUUCCAUCACCCCGCCCCAUUCUCCCUCUUUCCAUCACCCCGCCCCAUUCUCCCGCCUUUCAUCACCCCGCCCCAUUCUCCCGCUUUCCAUCACCCCGCCCAAUUCUCCCGCUUUCCAUCACCCCGCCCCAUUCUCCCGCCUUCCAUCACCCCGCCCCAUUCUCCCUCUUUCCAUCACCCCGCCCCAUUCUCACGCUUUCCAUCACCCCGGCCCAUUCUCCUUCUUUCCAUCACCCCGCCCCAUUCUCCCGCUUUACAUCACCCCGCCCCAUUCUCCCUCUAUCCAUCACCCCGCCCCAUUCUCUCGCUUUCCAUCACCCCGCCUUAUUCUCCCGUUUUCCAUCACCCCGCCCCAUUCUCCCGAUUUCCAUCACCCCGUCCCAUUCUCCCGCUUUCCAUCACCCCGCCCCAUUCUCCCGAUUUCCAUCAUCCCGCCCCAUUCUACCGCUUUCCAUCACCCCGCCCUAUUCACCCGCUUUCCAUCACCCCGCCCCAUUCUCACUCUUUCCAUCACCCCUCCCCAUUCUCCCUCUUUCCAUCACCCCGCCCCAUUCUCCUGCUUUCUAUCUCCCCGCCCCAUUCUCCCUCUUUCCAUCACCCCGCCCCAUUCUCCCGCCUUCCAUCACCCCGCCCCAUUCUCCAUCUUUCCAUCACCCUGCCCAAUUUUCCCCCUUUCCAUCACCCCGCCCCAUUCUCCCGCCAUCCAUCACCCCGCCCCAUUCUCCCUCUUUCCAUCACCCCGCCCCAUUCUCUCGCUUUCCAUCACCCCGCCCCAUUUUCCCGAUUUCCAUCACCCCGCCCCAUUCUCCCGCUUUCCAUCACCCCGCCCCAUUCUCCCGCUUUCCAUCACCCCGCCCCAUUCUCCCGCCUUCCAUCACCCCGCCCCAUUCUCCCUCUUUCCAUCACCCCGCCCCAUUCUCACGCUUUCCAUCACCCCGGCCCAUUCUCCCUCUUUCCAUCACCCCGCCCCAUUCUCCCGCUUUACAUCACCCCGCCCCAUUCUCCCUCUAUCCAUCACCCCGCCCCAUUCUCUCGCUUUCCAUCACCCCGCCUUAUUCUCCCGUUUUCCAUCACCCCGCCCCAUUCUCCCGAUUUCCAUCACCCUGUCCCAUUCUCCCGCUUUCCAUCACCCCGCCCCAUUCUCCCGAUUUCCAUCAUCCCGCCCCAUUCUACCGCUUUCCAUCACCCCGCCCCAUUCGCCCGCUUUCCAUCACCCCGCCCCAUUCUCACUCUUUCCAUCACCCCUCCCCAUUCUCCCUCUUUCCAUCACCCCGCCCCAUUCUCCUGCUUUCUAUCUCCCCGCCCCAUUCUCCCUCUUUCCAUCACCCCGCCCCAUUCUCCCGCCUUCCAUCACCCCGCCCCAUUCUCCAUCUUUCCAUCACCCCGCCCCAUUCUCCCGCUUUCCAUCACCCCGCCCCAUUUUCCCUCUUUCCAUCACCCCGCUCCAUUCUCCCGCUUUCCAUCACCCCUCCCCAUUCUCCCUCUUUCCAUCACCCCGCCCCAUUCUCCCGCUUUCCAUCACCCCGCCCCAUUCUCCCUCUUUCCAUCACCCGGCCCCAUUCUCCCUCUUUCCAUCACCCCGCCCCAUUCUCCCGCUUUCCAUCACCCCGCUCCAUUCUCCCGCUUUCCAUCACCCUGCCCCAUUCUCCCGCUUUCCAUCACCCCACCCCAUUCUCACUCUUUCCAUCACCCCUCCCCAUUCUCCCUCUUUCAAUCACCCCGCCCCAUUCUCCUGCUUUCUAUCACCCCGCCCCAUUCUCCCUCUUUCCAUCACCCCGCCCCAUUCUCCCGCCUUCCAUCACCCCGCCCCAUUCUCCAUCUUUCCAUCACCCUGCCUAAUUAUCCCCCUUUCCAUCACCCCGCCCCAUUCUCCUGCCUUCCAUCACCCCGCCCCAUUCUCCCUCUUUCCAUCACCCCGCCCCAUUCUCCCGCUUUCCAUCACCCCGCCCCAUUUUCCCGAUUUCCAUCACCCCGCCCCAUUCUCCCGCUUUCCAUCACCCCGCCCCAUUCUCCCGCUUUCCAUCACCCCGCCCCAUUCUCCCGCUUUCCAUCACCCCGCCCCAUUCUCCCGCCAUCCAUCACCCCGCCCCAUUCUCCCUCUUUCCAUCACCCCGCCCCAUUCUCUCGCUUUCCAUCACCCCGCCCCAUUUUCCCGAUUUCCAUCACCCCGCCCCAUUCUCCCGCUUUCCAUCACCCCGCCCCAUUCUCCCGCUUUCCAUCACUCCGCCCCAUUCUCCCGCUUUCCAUCACCCCGCUCCAUUCUCCCGCUUUCCAUCACCCCGCCCCAUUCUCCCGCUUUCCAUCACCCCGCCCCAUUCUCCCGCUUUCCAUCACCCCGCCCCAUUCUCCCUCUUUCCAUCACCCCGCCCCAUUCUCCCGCUUUCCAUCACCCCGCCCCAUUUUCCCUCUUUCCAUCACCCCGCUCCAUUCUCCCGCUUUCCAUCACCCCGCCCAAUUCUCCCUCUUUCCAUCACCCCUCCCCAUUCUCCCUCUUUCCAUCACCCCGCCCCAUUCUCCCGCUUUCCAUCACCCCGCCCCAUUCUCCCUCUUUCCAUCACCCGGCCCCAUUCUCCCUCUUUCCAUCACCCCGCCCCAUUCUCCCGCUUUCCAUCACCCCGCUCCAUUCUCCCGCUUUCCAACACCCUGCCCCAUUCUCCCGCUUUCCAUCACCCCACCCCAUUCUCACUCUUUCCAUCACCCCUCCCCAUUCUCCCUCUUUCAAUCACCUCGCCCCAUUCUCCUGCUUUCUAUCACCCCGCCCCAUUCUCCCUCUUUCCAUCACCCCGCCCCAUUCUCCCGCCUUCCAUCACCCCGCCCCAUUCUCCAUCUUUCCAUCACCCUGCCUAAUUAUCCCCCUUUCUAUCACCCCGCCCCUUUCUCCUGCCUUCCAUCACCCCGCCCCAUUCUCCCUCUUUCCAUCACCCCGCCCCAUUCUCCCGCUUUCCAUCACCCCGCCCCAUUUUCCCGAUUUCCAUCACCCCGCCCCAUUCUCCCGCUUUCCAUCACCCCGCCCCAUUCUCCCGCUUUCCAUCACCCCGCCCCAUUCUCCUGCUUUCCAUCACCCCGCCCCAUUCUCCCGCUUUCCAUCACCCAGCCCCAUUCUCCCUCUUUCCAUCACCCCGCCCCAUUCUCCCGCAUUCCAUCACCCCGCCCCAUUUUCCCUCGUUCCAUCACCCCGCUCCAUUCUCCCGCUUUCCAUCACCCCGCCCAAUUCUACCUCUUUCGAUCACCCCUCCCCAUUCUCCCUCUUUCCAUCACCCCGCCCCAUUCUCCCGCUUUCCAUCACCCCGCCCCAUUCUCCCUCUUUCCAUCACUCCGCCCCAUUCUCCCUCUUUCCAUCACCCCGCCUCAUUCUCCCGCUUUCCAUCACCCCGCCCCAUUCUCCCUCUUUCCAUCACCCCGCCCCAUUCUCCCGCUUUCCAUCACCCCGCCCAAUUCUCCCGCUUUCCAUCACCAAGCCCCAUUUUCCCUCUUUCCAUCACCCCGCCCCAUUCUCCCGCUUUCCAUCACCCCGCCCCAUUCUCCCGCUUUCCAUCACCCCGCUCCAUUCUCCCGCUUUCCAUCACCCCGCCCAAUUCUCCCUCUUUCUAUCACCCCUCUCCAUUCUCCCUCUUUCCAUCACCCCGCCCCAUUCUCCUGCCUUUCAUCACCCCGCCCCAUUCUCCCGCUUUCCAUCACCCCGCCCAAUUCUCCCGCUUUCCAUCACCCCGCCCCAUUCUCCCGCCUUCCAUCACCCCGCCCCAUUCUCCCUCUUUCCAUCACCCCGCCCCAUUCUCACGCUUUCCAUCACCCCACCCCAUUCUCCCGCUUUCCAUCACCCCGCCCCAGUCUCCCGCUUUCCAUCACCCCGCCCCAUUCUCCCUCUAUCCAUCACCCCGCCCAAUUCUCCCACUUUCCAUCACCCCAUCCCAUUCUCCCGUUUUCCAUCACCCCGCCCCAUUCUCUCGCUUUCCAUCACCCCGCCUUAUUCUCCCGCUUUCCAUCACCCCGCCCCAUUCUCCCGAUUUCCAUCACCCCGCCCCAUUCUCCGCUUUCCAUCACCCCGCCCCAUUCUCUCGAUUUCCAUCACCCCGCCCCAUUCUCCCGCUUUCCAACACCCUGCCCCAUUCUCCCGCUUUCCAUCACGCCACCCCAUUCUCACUCUUUCCAUCACCCCUCCCCAUUCUCCCUCUUUCCAUCACCCCGUCCCAUUCUCCUGCUUUCUAUCACCCCGCCCCAUUCUCCCUCUUUCCAUCACCCCGCCCCAUUCUCCCGCCUUCCAUCACCCCGCCCCAUUCUCCAUCUUUCCAUCACCCUGCCCAAUUCUUCCCCUUUCCAUCACCCCGCCCCAUUCUCCCGCCUUCCAUCACCCCGGCCCAUUCUCCCUCUUUCCAUCACCCCGCCCCAUUCUCCCGCUUUCCAUCACCCCGCCCCAUUUUCCCGAUUUCCAUCACCCCGCCCCAUUCUCCCGCUUUCCAUCACCCCGCCCCAUUCUCCCGCUUUCCAUCACCCCGCCCCAUUCUCCCGCUUUUCAUCACCCCGCCCCAUUCUCCCGCUUUCCAUCACCCAGCCCCAUUCUCCCGCUUUCCAUCACCCUGCCCCAUUCUCCCGCUUUCCAUCACCCCGCCCCAUUCUCCCUCUUUCCAUCACCCCGCCCCAUUUUCCCGCAUUCCAUCACCCCGCCCCAUUUUCCCUUGUUCCAUCACCCCGCUCCAUUCUCCCGCUUUCCAUCACCCCGCCCAAUUCUCCCUCUUUCCAUCACCCCUCCCCAUUCUCCCUCUUUCCAUCACCCCGCCUCAUUCUCCCGCUUUCCAUCACCCCGCCCCAUUCUCCCUCUUUCCAUCACCCCGCCUCAUUCUCCCUCUUUCCAUAACCCCGCCCCAUUAUCCCGCUUUCCAUCACCCCGCCCCAUUCUCCCUCUUUCCAUCACCCCGCCCCAUUCUCCCGCUUUCCAUCACCCCGCCCCAUUCUCCCUCUUUCCAUCACCCUGCUCCAUUCUCCCGCUUUCCAUCACCCCGCCCAAUUCUCCCUCUUUCCAUCACCCCUCCUCAUUCUCCCUCUUUCCAUCACCCCGCCCCAUUCUCCCGCUUUCCACCACCCCGCUCCAUUCUCCCGCUUUCCAUCACCCCGCCCAAUUCUCCCGCUUUCCAUCACCCCGCCUCUAG